AUGUCCGAUCAACGACGACCGAAUCCUGAGGGCUGGGUCCCUCCUAAGGCCCCUUACAACCCGUACGAUCCUACUGACAUACGACCACCUCAGGGUUAUCCUUCAGAAUUCAGUACUCCGGGAAAGCCCCGUUCAUGGACCCUGAGACCAAAAGAGCCCGAGAACUAUCGCAUUGUCAAAGACCAGCUCAAGCGUUUACAAUACACUCCACGACCAUUUUCAGACUUGUAUCCUGGCCAGUACAAAGUUCUGCGGCGCACUGAUACAGGUGCGUUUACACGCGGUAUCCGUAUCACGUCCUUUUGGCUGAGUUCUGCGCUCAUUGUUUUUGGCGUGUUUUUCUACCGUUGGAAUGACGGUUAUGAGAACGUUUUUUCCGGACCAUACCGAUUGCAACUUCGUGUACGCGAUGCGCUUUUUGGCAAUCUUUCUGAGACGCAGAAGGAAGAUCUUGCGCGACCCCGACACCAUGGUAUGACGAAGAAAAUGUCUGCCACCACAGCCGAAGAACCGACAUUUGUCGAGCCUAAACAGAGUGGAGCUGCAGACGGCGAGGCCACAACACUGCAAAGACCCCAGCGCAUGCAUUAUGUCGAAGCUGAGCGUAUUCGCCAGGAACGUGAAGAGGCUAUUUUACGUGCAGUUGACAUUGCUGAGGAGCAGCUGCGCAUCCGGGCUCAAGAAAAGAUUGCCGGGUCUGAUUUGGCCGACGCCGAGGCCCGAUCUGCAGCAAAAUCCUCUUCGUCUUCUCGCUGGAAAUUCUGGUAA